AUCAAGGACGUCACUUCCGGCGUUUCUCUCACUCUCUCAGUGAAAGCGGUGCGGCGACGGUGGCCGAGCGGGGCCAAGCGGAGGAGGAGGAGGAGGUGGAGGAAGUGAUGCCGCCAUGCUGGAAACGGCGGGCCCGGAUCCGGAGCUGGACCCGGAGGAUUUGGUCCACUUCUCGGUGGGGGACUUGCCCAGCCGGGGCUACGGCGUGAUGGGAGAGAUACGCAGGCAAGGGAAGCUCUGCGACGUCACCCUCAAGGUCGGAGACCACAAGUUUAGCGCCCACCGGAUCGUCUUGGCGGCUUCGAUCCCGUAUUUCCACGCCAUGUUCACGAACGACAUGAUGGAGUGCAAGCAAGACGAGAUUGUCAUGCAAGGCAUGGACCCAAGCGCACUAGAAGCUCUGAUCAACUUUGCCUACAACGGUCACUUGGCGAUAGACCAGCAGAAUGUCCAGUCCUUGCUGAUGGGAGCCAGCUUCCUGCAGCUGCAGAACAUCAAGGAUGCCUGCUGCUCCUUCCUCAGAGAGAGGCUUCACCCAAAGAACUGCCUGGGCGUGCGCCAGUUUGCCGAAACCAUGAUGUGUGCCGUACUUUACGACGCUGCCAACAGCUUCAUCCACCAGCACUUUGUGGAGGUCUCCAUGUCGGAGGAGUUCCUGGCCCUCUCCUUCGAGGACGUCCUGGAGCUGGUCUCGAGGGACGAGCUCAACGUGAAGCUGGAGGAACAGGUCUUUGAAGCUGCCUUGGCCUGGGUGAGGUACGACCGAGAGCACCGAGAGCCCUUUCUGCCCGAGCUCCUCUCCAAAAUCCGACUGCCUCUCUGCCGGCCCCAGUUCCUCACGGAUCGCGUGCAACAGGAUGACCUGGUCCGCAGCUGCCACAAGUGCAGGGACCUGGUGGACGAAGCAAAAGACUAUCACCUCAUGCCAGAGCGCCAGCCGCACCUUUCGGCUUUCAAAACCCGCCCCCGCUGUUGCACCUCCAUUGCAGGACUCAUCUACGCCGUCGGAGGACUCAACUCUGCAGCAAAUUUCUAUGCAGGCGACUCGCUGAACGUGGUGGAAGUCUUCGACCCCAUUGCCAACCGCUGGGAGAAGUGCCAGCCCAUGACGACGGCCCGCAGUCGAGUCGGCGUAGCGGUGCUGAACGGGCUCCUGUACGCCAUUGGGGGCUACGACGGGCAGCUGAGGCUCAGCACCGUGGAAGUGUACAACCCAGAGGCCGACACCUGGUCCAAAGUGGGGAGCAUGAACAGCAAGCGAAGUGCCAUGGGGACGGUAGUGUUGGACGGACAAAUCUACGUUUGCGGCGGGUACGACGGCACUUCCUCCCUCAACUCGGUAGAAGCCUAUUCCCCUGAAACAGACCGGUGGACAGUGGUGACCCCCAUGAGCUCCAACCGCAGCGCGGCCGGAGUGACGGUAUUCGAAGGUCGGAUCUUCGUCUCUGGCGGACACGACGGGCUCCAGAUCUUCAACAGCGUAGAACACUACAACCACCACACGGCGUCGUGGCAUCCGGUGGCCAGCAUGCUCAACAAACGCUGCCGACACGGAGCCGCAGCGCUCGGCAGCAAGAUGUUCGUCUGCGGCGGCUACGACGGCUGUGGCUUCCUCAGCAUCGCCGAGGUGUACGACUCCAUGGCGGACCAGUGGUACCUGAUCGUGCCCAUGAACACCCGCCGCAGCCGCGUCUCGCUGGUGGCGAACUGUGGCCGCCUCUACGCCGUGGGGGGCUACGACGGACAGUCCAACCUCAGCUCCGUAGAAAUGUACGACCCGGACACCAACCGCUGGACGUUCAUGGCCCCCAUGGUGUGCCACGAGGGAGGGGUCGGGGUCGGGUGCAUUCCCCUCAUGGCCAUCUGAGGAGCCGGGUGGGCGGGAGCGAGGGUCGGUCAGUCGGUCAGUCAUUCAUGCGCACCAUAACUGACAGGGCAAGAAAUUGACCCCGUUCGUCACGAAGGGAUGGUUGACGGACGUCUACUCUACCAAGAGAGGUACAUCCCAUCUCAAGGUGCUUGGAACGUUGUCCUUUGGGGAAAACGCACAAAAACGGAACCACGUUCCUGCGAAGUGGGGUUUGAAGGUUCGGGCUACUUGAACAAAGGCUGCCCACCGCUUUCUCCUUCACUGACAGACAUGCUUCUGGCUUCUUUAGGCCAUACCCUCCUUCACCUUCCAUGAUGCUGCGCUGGUUCAUUUGUGAUGACAUUUGUGGGGAGUUUUGAUGGAAUAGUGACGUGUGUUGCAUGAAGCAGAGCUUGGAAGGAUGCGGGCAUCCUGAUGUUGGUAGACUUCGAGUCCUAGCAGACAUCGGCGCAUCAUUCUGGGGUUCCCACCCAAGGUGUAAAGCAGGCAUGGGCCAACUUGGGCCCUCCCUCCAGGCGUUUUGGACUUCAACUCCCACAAUUCCU